AUGAAGCCGAAGGAGGCGAUAGCUUACCACUUGAGGAACCUCAAAAAGGAAAAUAAGGAGAAUAACUUGAAAGGAUUGAUGACGUGUUUGAAGACCCUACGAGUGUAUUUACAGAAUGCCCACGACCAUCCGACUGAGAAAAAAUACCACAAAAUCAACAAAUCGAAUAAGGCAUUUGUGGAGAGAGUGUCUUCGUUUAAGGAGGCGAUAGAAAUUCUGGAGCAAUGCGGUUUUACGGAUACUGGUGCUUCAUUGGAGAUCACCAACUCGGUGGCUGACACGUGGCUGUGCGCCCAAGCGGUGAAGUUCAUUGAUGUUACGAUGCAACAGUUGCAAUGA